UAGACGUGACCCCAUGGGGACCAAGUGCGUGGGCAAUGAUGGGGUUCGCUCCCACCGCGUCGGUUCGUCCUCCAAGGGCCGGACGAGUGCCAUGUGGUCGGUACGUAGACGCAGGGCGACGGUAUAAGUAGCCGCAACGUGGUGUAAGAAACCGUAGAGUGAGGAUUCACUACCAUCACACUGCCGUCGCUCUCCACACCACACAACAUGUAUUGCUGGUUCCUGGCAGCUAGUCUUCUUGGUGCGGCCUCAGCCCGGGUAGCCACGCCUGGAAACGAGACCCUUCCAUACCUCGAUGCAGCUCUACCUGCCCAUGAGCGUGCUCGAGAUCUCCUGGGUCGAAUGACCUGGGAGGAUAAGGUCGGCCAGCUAGGUGGCAUCCGCCGUGCGGUCAGUCGAGUCAAUGGGGAGCCAUCGUUCAACCGAACUGCAUUUGAGCAGACCCGAAAAACCCAGAAUGGCCAGGUAGGCCUUGGCUUCCAAAUGAACUGGGCGGACGAGGUGCUGCCCAUUGUCAAUGAGCUUCGCCAGGAGCAGAUUGACGACUCCCGACUGCACAUCCCCUACAUCACCAUAGCGGACUCUGUCAACGGCAUCUGGGUGUCUGGCGGCACCCUGUUCCCUGGCACCAACGCCAUGGCCUCCUCGUGGAAUGUCAAUCUCUACGCCCAAGCCGUCGAGGUCAUCCGCGACGAGAACCUCGCCAUUGGCGUCCAGUGGGUUCUCUCCCCCGAGGUAGACCUGGCCAAGGACCCACGCAACGGGAGAAAUGGAGAGAUGUACGGCGAGGACGCCUAUCUGGCAUCCGAGUUCGCGACGCAGUACAUCAAGACCAUGCAGGAGCAGGACGACGACGGCUGGGUCAAGGUGGCCACCACCAUCAAGCACUGGGUCUACGGCCAGGGCAGCGGCGGCGUCAACCGCGCCAGCAUGCACGGUGGCAUCAACCACGUCCUCAACGACCUUGGCGCGCCUUACAUCAAGCCCAUCCGCGAGGCCAAGCCGCUCUCCCUUAUGGCGUCGUACGCAAGUGUCGACCACGUGCCCCUGUCGGUGAACCGCCAUCUGCUGCAGGAUGUGCUGCGCGACAUUGUUGGCUUUCAGGGCCUCAUCAUGUCGGACGCCAACGCCAUCGAGUACCUGUACACCGAGUCCAAGGUGGCCCGCUCGCCCAUGGAUGCGGCCAAAAAGGCCAUCAAGGCAGGUCUGGAGCACGAGCUGCACCCCGGCGGCCAUGGUGUCUUCACCACUCUGAUCGAUGCCGAGGACGACGAAGAGAUCGUUUCCCUCCUCGACGAGUCUGUGCUGGCCCUCCUGCAGAUCAAGUUUCUCACCGGCCAAUUUGACAAACCGUUGCCGACGAUAGGCGAUAUGAAGGCCACGCUCCGCAAAAAGGAGCACCUUGAGGUCAACAAGAACAUGUCGAGGGAGUCCAUUGUCAUGCUACAAAACGACGGUCUCCUACCCCUGACCAAGGGCCAUCUCGGCAAGGUUGCUGUCAUCGGGCCCUACGCCGACAUUAUCAACGCAGGCAUGUACGCCGCAUGCAACUCGACCGACCCAGCCUACGGGUCAUCCUUCCGUCGCUCUAUGGAGCGUGAACUGGGCGCCGACGCUGUCCUCUAUGCCCAGGGCACCAACUCCAUCCUCCCUUCCAACGACACCGACGACGCGUCCAUCCAGGAGGCUGUCUCGGCCGCCAAGGACGCUGGCCUCGCCGUACUCGUUCUCGGCUCCGGCCUGGGCACAUUUGACCCGAGCACGGUCAACAACGAGCGCACAGAUCAGGAGGGCUUCGCGCACGCUGACCUAUCCUUCCCCGGCCAGCAGCAGCAACUUCUCGAGGCGGUUCUCGAUACCGGUAUCCCUACCAUUCUGAUCAUGAGCUCCGGACAGAAUUUCCUCCUCCCAGACUCUAUCCUCGCUCGCACCUCAGCAGUGUUCCACUCAUUCCUAAGCGGAGAGUUUACCGGCGAUGUCCUGGUGGAGAUCCUCCUCGGCGAGACCAACCCCAGUGGCAAGCUGACGGUCACGAUCCCCGAGGCCAACGGCGCAUUCCCCGUGGCAUAUGACUUUUUGCCGUCCGACGAUCGCGGUGGCUUUGGCGCCGCGACAAAGUACGACUGGCACUGGCCGCAGCUCACACGGUCGCCUGCACUACGGUUCGGGUACGGCCUUUCGUACACGUCGUUUGAGAUUGGCAAUGUCACCGCCACCGCAGCAAGGGGUGCCUGCAACACGACUGCGGUGCACGUCUCCGCGUCUGUCACCAACACGGGUGAACGCGCGGGCCAGGAAGUGGUGCAGGUGUACUAUCGUCCAGACGUCAGUGUCAUUGAGAUGCCUGUUAUGAAGCUCAUCCGCUUCAGCAAGGUGGAGGUGGAGGCUGGCGACACGGUCCAGGUCGAGUUCGUUGUGCCCGGACGUGAUCUUGGCUACUUUGUGAACGGGGACUGGGUGGCGGACGGCGGGGACUAUGCGUUUUGGGUGGGAAGCAGUUCGAGGCUGGAGGAUCUGACGCAGGUCAACGUGACCCUGUCACACUGAGGAUACGCUGUGAUUAGUACCUAA